CUUCGCUUCGACUACCUCGACGACAGCGAGCUGGAGGGUCUGCCGGGCUUUCGGGACAUCGUGAGCAUGGGGGUGAAGGCGGAUUACAUGACCCCGGACUUCCCCAGCCUCUCCUACCCCAACUACUACACGCUGAUGACGGGUCGGCACUGUGAGGUCCAUCAGAUGAUUGGAAACUACAUGUGGGACCAAAAAACAAAUGUAUCUUUCGAUAUUGGUGUGAAUAAAGAAAGCCUGCUGCCUCUCUGGUGGAAUGGAUCAGAGCCAUUAUGGGUCACAAUGAUGAAAGCGAAAAAGAACGUUUACAUGUACUACUGGCCAGGUUGCGAGGUCGAAAUCCUCGGGGUCAGACCAAGUUAUUGCCGUGAAUACUUCAGUGUCCCGACAGACAAAAACUUUGCGGAUGCCAUCAGCGAUGCUCUCGAGUCUUUGCGCAAUGGCAGUGCUGAGAUGGCCGCAGUGUACUACGAGCGCAUCGAUGUGGAAGGCCACCACUACGGCCCUUCCUCCCAGCAGCGGAAGAGCUUUUUUAAGAGCGCUCUGCAGGAGGUGGACAAAGCCUUGAGCAACAUGAUCGCGCUCAUCAAGAGCAAGGGCCUUCAGCAUGACCUCAACGUCCUCCUGUUCUCCGAUCACGGGAUGACAGACAUCUCUUGGGCGGACAAAGUGAUUGAGCUGAAAAACUACAUCAAUAUGAGUGAUACCAUACAAAUGAAGGACCGAGGUCCUGUUGUGAGCCUCUGGCCAGCUCCAGAGAAGCAAGAGGAGAUAUAUCAGAAACUGAGAACUGUGGAACACAUGCACGUUUAUAACAAAGAGGAUAUUCCAGACAGGUUUUUCUACAAAAAAGGAAAAUUUGUGUCUCCUCUAACUCUCGUGGCCGAGGAAGGAUGGUUCAUAGUAGAGAGCAGGGACAAGCUGCCCUUCUGGGAGAACGGGACGGGGAGGAAGGAAGCCUGGCAGAAUGGCUGGCACGGCUACGACAAUGAGCUCAUGGACAUGAGAGCCUUCUUCAUCGCAUACGGGCCAGAUUUCCGACCCAGCUUCCGCGCGCCGCCCAUCAGAUCCGUGGAUGUUUACAACGUCAUGUGGGCGGGCGUCCAGCCGCUGCCCAACAACGGCUCCUGGUCCAGGGUGGAGUGCAUGCUCCGGAACGCGGCCCCCUCGGCACCGCGCCGCAGCUGCUCCCUGGCCCUGGCUCUGCUCCCCCUGCUCGCCAAGCACAUCGCCUUGCUGUGA